CCCCACUUCCACUGAGUGGCUUGUGCUAGUGGAUGAUUGGGUUGUUCGAGGUGGCGUUCCUUGCUGCGCCUGUUUUUGCAGAAAACUCCCAGGAGCCCACGACUGCCUUUCCUUUCAGAAAUAAAAGGGCCCUCACUCAAGCACCUUUUUCGAGGUGGAGUGCGUUGCACUUUUGCAACACCCCCCCCCCCCCGGCGGCAGUCAAUGCUUCCGAUUCGACCCCCGGUUUUGAAGGCCCUCACCUUCCCAACAUCCCUCUCCCCUGCUUUCACCUCCCUCGUCUACUAUCCUCGUAUGAUAGAGCGACGCCGCGUCCCCGCUUAUCCCAAGGCCACCGGUACUCCUCGUUUCGUCGCAGCGGUCCGGCUUGACGUGUUAAACCCCUGCCACUCCCAAGUCCUGGCCGACCUGGCCUCCUUUGUACAACACAUCGUGACCUGCAGCUCCUCGCCGCCUCCCACCCAUCGUCCAUCUCGAACUUUCAUGGGGCUGCGAUGGGCUUAAGAGACUG